UCAGUCCCUAGAUGGAAAGUGAGAUUGAAAUAUAUACGAAAAAAAACAGAGGAAAACGAUAUUUACACAGGACAGGCCGGGACAAGACAAAACACACGUCCGACUGCUAAGCCAUCUUGGAACACAACUAACACACAGAAAUAUUAAUAUUCCACUUUGCAUGAAGCCUCAGUUCAUUAAUAGCCUAACCACUGAUCAAGCAACAUUGUGGACUCAACAUUCAAAUCCUGUUGCUGCAGGAUUAUUUUGCUGCGACAAUAAAGGUCAAAUUAAGGUCCUACAUCUGUAACUGCACCUGCUUGCUACCUUCAUACUAUUUACCUCUUUCACAUAUCCUCUUUCUCAUGCUCCCAAGACAUAUUCAUAAUGCCUCUCUCUACCUCCCUCUCUCAUUGAAUUGUAUUCUAAUAUGAUGUUUGUUUAAACCUGGAUGGCUCAGAAUAAUGCAAUCAGCCUAUCACUAUGUGUGUCCUGAUUGACUGUGACUUUCUCCCCACCACUGCCCUGCUCUGGUUGGGCCGUGGCCUGCAGUGAUCCUCUGGACCAACAUGGGUUCCCCAAGCCCCCCCAGAGCCCCACCGUGCUCCCCGCAGUGACGUCACGUGUCCUGCUCCACCAGCAGCUGAUGCGGGACCAGCUUCAGGAGCAGGACCAGCGGGAACAGAGAGAACAGAGAGAGAGGAGCACCAGGCACCCCUCACACCAUCUCCUGCACCCCAGCUGCCCCCAGACCCCUCCCAUCAAUGUCACGCUGCCCUCCAACCUGCCCACUGUGACCCAUGUGCCCAUGGAAGUCCUCAAGGUACAGACACAUCUGGAGAACCCCACCAAGUACCACAUCCAGCAGGCCCAGAGGAAGCAGGUGAGGCAGUACCUGUCCACAACCCUUGGGGGUAAGCCUGGCAGCCAGGCCGGAAGCCUGCAGUGCCCCAGCCAGCCCCCGGAGCACGGGAUGCCCCCCGGCCCAGGCAGCAGUGCCCCCAACAGCCCCAUGGCCCUGCUGACCCUCAGCUCCAACUGCGAGAAGGAGAUGGAUGAUGUCAUCGAUGACAUUAUUAGCUUGGAAACAAGUUAUAAUGAGGAUAUUUUUGGACUUAUGGACCCAGGACUCCAGGUUACUAAUACACUCCCUGUAUCUGGUAACCUUCUGGACAUGUAUGGAAAUCAAGGGCUUCCCCCAAAUGGACUUGCCAUCAGUAACUCCUGCCCUGGUAGCUUAUCCAACAUCAAAAGGGAAUUCUCAGCUCCUGGCAUGAUGCACGUACUGGACAAUACUGGAUCCUAUGGCCAGUUUGACAACUACCAAAGGCCCGAGGGCUUUCCAGUUGCUGAGGUUCGAGCGAUGGCCAAGGAGAGACAAAAAAAGGACAACCACAACUUAAUUGAACGAAGGAGAAGGUUCAACAUCAACGAUCGAAUCAAAGAGCUUGGAACCCUGAUUCCUAAGUCUAAUGAUCCGGACAUGCGCUGGAAUAAGGGCACCAUUCUGAAGGCCUCAGUGGACUACAUCAGGAAGCUGCAGAGGGAGCAGCAGAGAGCCAAGGAGGUAGAGCUUAGACAGAGAAGGCUGGAGCAUGCCAACCGCCAUCUGAUGCUGCGCAUACAGGAGUUGGAGAUGCAGGCGCGGGCUCAUGGUCUUGCAAUUCUGCCGUCGUCUUCCCUCUGCUCCUCUGAGCUGAUAGCCCGAGCCAUCAAGCAGGAGCCCAUCUUAGGAGACUGUCCCUCAGACCUGUACCAGCAGCCAGGUCCCGACAUGUCCCCUCCCACCACACUGGACCUCAACAACGGUACCAUCCACUUUAACGACAGCCCUGUGGAUGCAGGUGACCCAGGGGCAUAUGGCUCCAGCAAAGCAUCCACUAAACUGAAGGACAUUCUAAUGGACAACACCCUGUCGCCCAUAUCAUCCAAUGACCCCCUUCUGUCCUCAGCUUCCCCAGACACCUCCAACAGCAGCAGCAGGCGUAGCAGCAGCUCAAGCAUGGAGGAGAAUGAUCAUGGUUGUUAGCACUGCCCACAAGCUCAAAUCACACUGACAUUUUAUAAAGUAGCAUUGUUAUUACUGGAUCCAACGCUAGGUGCUGCUAUGGCCUAUUCCUUGAGAUAAAGACAGUGGGAUUUUCCCUCCCAUUGUGUUCAGAAGUCUUUUAUUUUUGUUUGUUUUACAAUAUUGUAUCUCUUUCUGGAAUCAAAUGUGGUUGUUCAGAUUAGGCUACCCUACCUAAGGUGACUGCUGAGAUUUCACUGUACUGUAGCGUUCACUUUUCAUGUGAAUUAUUUGACAGGAAGUGCACAAUAACAUGGCAAUAAUGUAUUUCAUGUGUAAUAUUUUGAUAUUUUUUUCAUAUCAUGACCAUUUGUUAAAUUAGUUUAAAACAUUUGUUUUGUGAGAUAUCAUAGAGAAAUAUAUUUAGUUGAAUACUUAACUGAUAAUAACAUUUCACCAAGAUUUUAAGAUGAGAUAAGACACAUUUUUACCCUUAAAUUUAGAAGCAAUGGUUUGAAACCUACAAUAUUAUUUGCGACUAGAAACAACUUUCAGGAACAAUGAAUACAAUUUGAAUGAAUACAACCUGUUGAUGAAUUUUGUUUCCCGACGUGGUGAUGUCUAAAGUGAAGAUAUUUGUACAAAACAACACUGUAAAUAUACAUAUUUUGUGAUUUAGUUUUUUGAAGUAGGCCUUUAAUUAAGUAUUAAAUUGAAAGUGAAUUCAUUUGAUUUUUAUUCCCUUGGCUAUCUCAACCAUAUCAUUUAGAUCGUUGCUCUUACCCCAUAGAAAGUUGUAAUGCACAUGAAGAUAAUAUUUUGUCCAGGUCAAACCAAUGACACAUAUUUAGCUCAGAAGGAGCAUCUGCGACCAUUGUUUUUGAAUGUCAGACUGCUGAAUUACUAUCCCUAAUAUAACUUUAUGAUGACUAAUAUCAAUUCCUAAUAUAACUUUCCAUAAGACCACUACAUGGUCCUCUGUGUAUUUCAUAUUUUAUUAGGAUCCCUAUUAGCUACUGCUAAAGCGGCAACUACUCUUCCUGGGAUCCACACAAAUCAUGACAUAAUACAUUUUUUUGAU